UCAGAUCCCAGAUCGCUCCGCCCAGUGACUAAAGACGUUGGGUAAACACUUAGGGUCACAGCGAACGUCCUUCCCAAUCCCCGCUGCACCAGUACCGCGUCCAGACGUUAAAAAACCUGCAGCAACGCAGCAGAGUCGCGCCUCAUUUUAAGUGUUUUUAUCCAGUUCUAACCCCAACGAGAGUCCAGAGAGUGCAGGAUGGCAGCCACUCUGUGCCAGGUGAUGGGCUUCAUCCUGAGCCUGAUCGGCGUGGCGGGGAUGGUCGUGGCGACCGCAAUGGACCCCUGGGCCACCCAGGACCUGAUGGACAACCCCGUCACCUCCGUCUACAUCUUCUCGGGCCUCUGGAAGGCCUGCGUCCGCCAGAGCUCCGGCUUCACCGAGUGCCGGCCGUACUUCACCAUCAUGGGGUUGCCAGCGCUGCUGCAGGCGGUGCGAGCGUUGAUGAUCGUGGGCAUUAUCCUGGGCGCCAUCGGCUGCCUGGUCGCCAUCUUCGCCCUGAAGUGUCUGAAGAUGGGCAACAUGGAGGACAACAUCAAGGCCACCAUGACGCUGGCCGCCGGGAUCCUCAACCUGCUGGCCGGUGUGUGUGGGAUUGCGGGCGUGUCGGCCUUCGCUAACCUCAUCGUGCAGAGCUUCCGGUUCAACAACUACGCCGAGGGGGGUUUCAGCCUCGGGGGAGGGGGGGGCAUGGGGGGGGUGAGCGGGAUGGGCGGCGGCCUCCGGCCACAGUACACGUUUGGCCCCGCCCUCUUUGUGGGCUGGAUAGGGUCGGCCAUCUUGGUUAUUGGCGGCGUCCUGAUGUGUCUGGCCUGCCGUGGAAUGGUCUCCGAGGACAAACGGUACGACGGGACCGCCUACAAAGCAGCGUCUACCCAGCGGACCGGGUACCGCCCUGAGGUGAGGAACCACCCCAUCUACAACGCCUCCUACAAGACCCACAGCGUGGAGGGCAAGCAGAACCAGAGGUUCGACUACGUCUAGCGGGCAGAGCCCCUACAGAGCGCAGAACGGAUUCCCCUCACCUUCCACCAGCGGGAUUCGAGUUGCGAUCGGGACCCAACAUGGGUCUGUUGGUGUUUCGGUUGAAUAACCCCCGCUGCAAACUCCUAACCCAAACUCCAUGCUCUCUGCAGUCUGUCAAGGUCCACAAUGAUCUGCUUGUGAAAGACCAAACAUCCAUCCUCACCGUAUCCCUGGCAACCAAUGAAUGCCCUCUAUCUUGUUCUUUUGUCGCUGAAAUCUUGGUUGUUGUGGCCACAUUAUUAACAGAACAAAUCGUUUUGGUGAAGUGAUGUUUCGGGGGCCAUUUUAAAAGUGUUAUGAGGGGUAGCCUACUUAAUGUUUUUGUUUUAAAUAUUCCUCCAUCUACAUAAAAGUGUAUUCCCCAUUUUCUGAUAUAUAAAACCUUUCUUUUAUAUCCUAUGAAUCUAUGUUGAUAUAAAUUAGGCCUACUUUAUUCUCCGUGUUUUGACUGAAUGUUUUCCUUUGUUCGACUUAAUCGUUGAAACUCGUUGGUCGUGUUUGACGGACUGUAUACCUUUUCUCAAAAGUUAUUUUCUAGUUUCAACUUGACUUUAAACUGUAGCUAACCGUGUAAUUACUGUUGGAUUAGCAGUUUAUAAUGGAGUUGUUGGUUGGUUGUGUUUCUGAUGUGUGUGUUACAAUAAAUAUAAAUAAUAAAUAUGGAAACAAUAA